AUGUUAUCGAAAAGAAUUGUUACCCAAAAAUAUAAAAUUAUUGUGAAUUCAAUAUUUAGCCGUUAUUUUAUGGGUAAAACAAAUCCACCCCCCGAAGAACAAAAACCACUUCCAGCACCUUAUCCAUAUCAAAAGAAUGGUUAUGGUUUUUGGAAUGCUUUAUUUGACGACACCUUUAAACGAAUGGGUGAAAAUUCGAUGAUAAUUUGUAUUGAAGGACCCCCAUUUGUGGGUAAAACAUGUUUAGCUAAAGAAUUAGCAAGUGAAUUUGAUAUGUAUUACAUGAAAUCGGUGGAUUUGGAUAUGUUAUAUAUCAACGAGAGUGGUUAUGAUAUGCGACAAUUAGAUCCUUUAUUACCAGAAUCUUGCCGAAGUUUAAGUUGGGAGACAUUUUGGGAACGACCACAAAAUUUAAAUACAGCAGCCUUACAGAUAAUAACAUAUAAUCUUAAGUAUGCGCAGUAUAUCAACGCUUUGAUUCAUUUAUUAAACACUGGUCAAGGCGUAGUAGUGGAUGGCAGCUCUGUAUUCUCGGAUUUUGUUUUUUUGGAGGCGAUGCAUGAACAUGGUUUUGUAUCUGAUGGAGCAAGGUCCGUGUAUUGUGACUUCCUAAAAUCUUCAAUUCAUGAAUUGUUGAAGCCACAUUUAAUAUUGUAUUUAAAUAUAGCUACGAAGGAUAUUUGUGAUCGUAUUAAAACAUGUGGUGAAGAUUAUCAAAAAACAUCGCCUCUACUAGACACAAAAUAUUUUAAUACUGUAAAUUGUUUAUUGAAACAAGAAUUUUUGACUCGCAUCAGUAAGCAUUGCGAGGUGCUGAUUUAUGAUUGGACACACUUUGGUGAUACGGAAAUCGUUGUUGAAGAUAUUGAACGAGUAAAUUUUGAUAAAUAUAAAAACAAAGCCACAUACAAUCCACAUGAAUCCAAAUUAGCUGAUUGGAGACAAUUAAGAACGAAUUGGGAUUGGAAUUUCGCACGAAUUAAAUACACAAAUGAAAAAGAUAAAUUACUUGCUAUUAAUAUUCCCAGAUACGAUGUACCGGAAUUAGUUAUUCCUGCUGAAGAUUUUCGAAAAAAACUACAAAUAUGGAUGAAUGCUCCUGGGAUGAAAUAUCAAUAUGGAUAUGAUUCUGAUAAAGGAGAUAAAGUGUUAUUCAAGUGGUAA